ACUGAUAUUUCGAAGAAAUGAAUGCAAGGAUUUUCCACGUGCUCCUUUCCAGUUGUUGAUGUUGAAAACAAGCAUACCUUGAAUAUAGUGUGAGAAAGCUGAUUAACCUACAUUGUUACUAAAUUUAUCUUAAAAGCGAAGAAGAAGCAUCUGAUAUUUAUCAUUUGUUAACUGGUCAACAUGAAAAAGCUCACUGCCGUCGACUUGACUAAACUCGUCAAAGAUUUCAUCCAACUGGAGCAUAAAAUUACAGAGAUGAAAGGGGAAAAUAAUACUCUUGAAAUACAGCUGGACGAGACCAGCAGACUUCUAAAAUUCUCACAGAACAAGGAGAAACAGUUAAUUGAAGAGAGAGAUGGGCUUUUGGAAACUGUCAAAGGUCUGCAGCAAACCUUACAUCAACAGUGCGACCUCAGAGUUGAAAAUGAAAGUCUGAAAAAUGCAGCUCUUCAGAUGAAAAAAGAAAACGAAGCUCAAUUAAAGGAAAGCAAUACUCGGCUUCAGAGGAUGGCAGCUGAGAUGAAAGCCCUACAAGAUCAACACCAGAGGGAGUUAGAAGACUGUGAUAAAGAAACACAAAGGAAACUGGAUGCUAAAGAUACAGAACUAAGAGUGGCUCAUGAAAGAUAUGAAUGUGCUUUGGAGGAGAUGAGAAGGCAGAUGAGAGAGAAGGAGAAAGAAAACCAAAGCCAAAUCAUUAAACUUCAAAUGGAGUUUGGUGCUAAGCUUGCAAGGGCCCAGAGCAUGUCCAUAAAGAGUCAGCCACAGACACAAGCAUCUGCUCCUCAUCCACAGAAUAUAUUUAAAAGAAAGCUCCAGUUCAUUCAGGAGGAGAAAAACAAAGAGAUUGAGGUUCUGCGUCAGAGGGUGAGAGAGCUGGAACAGCAGAGCCUUCACGGAUUGAUGGACUCUCGUCUGAAGAGGAGGAAAAUCUGAGACCUAUUUUGAUCUGACCGUUGAUACGUGAGGGCCUUCGUCCAACUGUUUGACACAUGGAUUUAUUUGAAAACACAUUUCCCUCAGAAUAUGUUCUAAAUAUUUUUCAGUCAAGUUCUGUUGUGUUCUUAAUUCCAGUGUAAGUGUUUAUUGCCUUUACACUAUAAUAAAUGAACAUCUGAAGACUGUG